AUGAAGAAAACAAAACUUGUAAGGUGAUAUUUUUAAAAAAGGCUAUUUUUAAAUGUCCGUUUAGCCUUAAAAAAAGGAGGUAUUCUCUUCACUGUAGUGUAAUCACUGUUGUUGCCUGCUUUUUGCAGUUUGCAACUGAUUCUAAUUCAUAAGGUACUGUUUCACAAGGUACAGUUGUUAUAAAAAAGGCACAGGUCCCUUUAUCCAUAGAAUUGUUUGAUGUGAUGGUUUGGGCUGGGAGGGACCUUUAAAGAUCAUUUAGUUCCAAUCCCCCCUGCUGUGGGCAGGGAUGCCUUCCCCUAGACCCGCUUCUUCUAAGAAAUGUCCCACCUGACCUUGAACAUUUCCAAUGAUGAGACAUCCACAGCUUCCUUGAACAACCUCUCCCAGUGUCUUGCCAUUCUGAUUGUAGAGAAUUGUAGAGAAUUUCUUCCUUUAAUCCAAUCUAAAUCUGCCCUCUUUAAAUUUAAAACCACUGCACAUUGUACCAUUAUUCCAGAUCCCAGUAAAAGGUCUCUAUCUCCUCCUCAUAAGCCUUUUUUAAGUACUGAAAGGCUGCAGUAAGGUCUCCCCAGAGCCUGCUUUUCUCCAGGCUGAGCAAUCCUAGCUCUCACAGCCUUUCCUUGUAGGAGAGGUGCUCUGAACUCACUCCAGCAGGUCCACAUCAUUACUUAGUUCCCAGCACAUCAGGUGGAGUUUCACCAGAGCAGACUGGAGGAGCAGAAUCCAGAUCCCACAAUCUGUGUCUCUUUGCAUGAAGACAAUAAACAGUAUUUGCCUCAGUAUGGGCCCUUGAGGGACACCAUUUGUCACUGGUUUGUGCUUAGUACAUUGAGCUGCAGCUGUUUGGAUGUGGCUAUCCAGCCAGUUCCUUAGGCUGUUCUAUUUCAAACCCAUAUGUCUCUAAUGCUUCAUCUUUUCCUUAUUUUCUAUCUUCUGCCCUCCCUAGGUCAUUGGAAUUUUCACAGACCAAUUUAAUUCCCUGGAAUAGCAGAAAAACUCAUGCUUUACUAAGUUUUCUGCUGUUUUGUGAGUUCAUUUAGUUAAUGAAAAGUCUGAUGAGGACAUGAGCUGUCAGGGAAAGUGGGGGGAAAGGAAAUAAAAGAGAAAAGUGAUGCCCCUGUUCUGCAGCAGCAAGCUGUUAGAUCAACUCCUCUACUGAAGGAAGUGUAGCAACAGCAUAAUGAUACUUCAGUCACAUUCAUACCAUAUUUUGCAUCAUAUUUUUCAAUAUUCAGAUGUAAAGAAGGAUUAAUUGUUUGGAACAUGACCUAGUAAGGUUGAAUGUGCGUUCCUGUGAACUUUUCCGUCUGUAAUGCAGUUAUUGCAUGUGGCUACAAUGAGUUGUUGCAGUACUUGAUGCAGCAGUCUUUUACUUGGCUGUUUUCCUUGGCAGUGUUGAUCUGAUGCCCAGUGUUUGUACAUUGUGCAGAGAUCACCAAUACCUUCCUGUAAUGUUAGAAACUUUAGAAGAGUACAGGCAGGCCUCUUGGUACCACUCUGCAUAUCUAGUACUGGCAAACCUAUUUUAUUUGCUCCUUGUAUUUGUCUUUGAACUAAAAGGAUAAUUAAUUUUUAAAAAGUGUUAUUGUAUUUGUAAUAGAAAUAAAAGUAUUUCAGUAUUGUGGUACUGUUGGCUGGGUGAUUAUAGCUGGGAGAGGUAUUGUACAUCUCAGAACAUCUUACAUAUCUCAGUAUUUAAACUUUAAAAAGAACAGCAGAAGUAACAGAAAUGGAAUACAACUAAAUAAAUACGUUUUACAAAACCAAGGGGCAUGCUUAAAAGGGAAUAACUUGCAGGGCCUUAGUGUUACGAUUAUGAGUGUGUGUUGAAUUUUUGUGGUGAGAAACUUCUCAGGAGUUUCUGUCAUAUGAUCUGGUUUUUAUUUAUUCUGGAGAGCUGAUACUGCUUCAUGCCAAGGAAUUGACUAAAGUCCUGUGAAAAAUAAUGUAUUUUAGUAUAAUAUGUCCUAUGUGAAAGGUUGUUAUCUGUACUGCUUGUACAAAUUGUAUAAAACAAGUCAACUUCCUGGCUAGACUAAAUGCAUGAUAACAGAGUUUAGUUGCAGUGUGAUAGUGGUGUUGCUGUUGUGUGAAAGUCAGGAUGCUUGUCUUUCCUUUAUACUCCAACAAGCUUGUACACCUUGAGCUAAUUCAUUAAUUUUCACCUUGCAUGAGCCCUGGACCGUGUUGUUUCUUGUGCACUCUAGAACAUUACUUUGAAAGCUAAAUGUGCUCUAAGGCACAUGGAUUGAUACUUUUAUGUUCUUGCCUUCUGUUACAGCUGUUAGUUUCAUCAGUCAGGGACUACUGUCUCUACAUGCUGAUAAUUCUGAAAAGUGCUGCUGGACACACUGAAAGUAUCAAUAGGAUAUUAUCUCAUUUUGACCCACUCUUAAGUUGCUGUGAGGGUCUGACUUGAAAUCUGAGUGGUUGUGUUUUUCUGUUGUGCUUUUUUAAUUCAUGCUCUGUUGGUUGUUAGCAUUCCACGCAGUUCUGUAGAGUCUCUCCUUGCCAAAUAUUCUAAGUAGGUUUAGGUUGAACUAGUGUUUACACUAGUCUCAAGAAUGCCUGGAGAAUUUUUUUUUUUUUUUUUUUUUGGAAGAAGUUGUUGCUGUACUGUGUAAAAGGGUUUAAAGGACAUCAUGGUGUGGGAGAUAGUGUUUUUCAGUGAAGUAAUGAAAAGGGAACAGUUAUGGCUGAAGGAAAGAUACUACAUUGAUGACUUUGCAAUUCAACAACUUCCUCAUGCAUCUUGAAGAGAUAUAUAUUUAUUCUAGUUAGACUCAAGUCAACAGGAGCAGGAUUGGGUCCCUAUAGUUCUUAAUUUAAAGUUUUGAAUUCACAGUCCACACUACAACAAAAAAAGUAUUUUCAGUUUAGGAAAUACUCUUCUGAAUUAAUUUCCAGAAGUCACACAAGCUGCAUUGUUGUUGUUUUUUUUUUUUCACAAACUUCACUCUAAUUUUUCUUUAAUUGUUUUAUUCACUUCUUAUUUUUCAGGCGUCUUUGAAAAAUCCUUAGUGGUCAUGACAUUGUUACAAGUGACAUAAAUUAGCCAGUGGCUCAGAAUGAUGGAUACCCAGAAGACUACAAAUGGUUUGCAAGUGAUUGGAGAAGGGACUGGUAUAGGGAAAUCGACACUCCACAUGGUGGGGUAUUUGGGAAAAAACUGUUAUCCUUUGGAAACAACUGCACAUGAAUGUUGUCCAGUCUGCAAAGAGAAGGGUCAGAUCCAAGGUUUACGGACUUACCGCCUUAAUUUUCAAGAGUCCAUUUUCCUUUGUGAAAAUCCUCAGUGUAUCUACCCACUUGGUUAUAAACCAUUAAACAGCAUAAUUACUUCUACUGGUUCAAAAAAUCAUCAAGUUCCAACUACUCACAAGAAAAGGAAAUUGGGUGAUACCAGUGACUUUUCUGCUGUUGAAUCAGAUCCAAAAAAAGCAAGAACUAACAAUGUACUCGAUGUUGGACACACCAUUAAUGCAGACUCCGUUGUGAAAGGCUAUCAGAAUAAUUUGUGUAUUCCCAAGCCAAGCCUGCAUGAUGUAUUAUUACAAAAUGACCAGCAAAACGCUGGCAAGCAUGUGGGGUCCUGCAUGCCGAAGGUGGAUUUUGAAAAAAACACCAAGACCGACAACUACCAAGAAAGUCCACCAAAGACUUAUAGUCCCAAAACACAACUGUUGCCAAAUUCUGAGCUUUUAUCAACAGCAUCUGAAAUUUCACUCAAAGAGGAUAAAGGUUCCACUAAUAACAGAGACUUACAUCUUCAGUGGAGAAACAUACGUAAUCUUUGUUGGUUAGAUUGUAUUUUGUCAGCUCUGGUACACUUAGAAACAUUAAAAUCUGCUGUAGCAGAAGAAUAUAAAGAUGGAAAAUGUUUACUCCAGAAACUCUUAACAAAGUAUAAUCAAGCAUCUAUUCUUCUGAAUACCUGUAAAAGGAGUAAAGUAAAAGAUGUUCUUCCUAAAGCAGAAUCUCAGCUCAAUGAAAUCAGAAACAUCAUGUUUACAGAAAUUCAGCCUCAGCUGAGGUGUGAAUUGGGCAAUAUGGAGAAUCCAGUGUCUGCACUUCAGUUACUCUUACAAGUAGAUCAACAAGCUGAGAAACUGUUCUUGCAUUCAUUUUCAUGGAAGUCUGAAUGUGUACGUUGUGGCCACAAACAUCAGGACCAAUUGAAGAAAACACUAACAACAUUUACAAAUGUAAUCCCUGACUGGCAUCCACUUAAUGCUGUUCAUAUUGGACCAUGUAAUAACUGUGGUAAUACAUCUCAAAGACGACAGAUGGUCUUGGAAAAACUACCCUCAAUAUUAACAUUACAUUUUAUGGAAGGCUUGCCACAUAAUAACUUGGAGAAAUAUUCAUUCCAAUUGGAGGAAGACACCUACCAAAUAACAUCUGUUGUUCAGUACCAAACAGAUAAGAAGCACUUCAUAAGCUGGUCUUUGAAUCCUGAUGGCACUUGGCUUGAAUGUGAUGAUUUAAAGGGUCCAUAUUGCAAGAGACGUCAAAGAUUUGAAGUUCCUCCUUCAGAGAUUCAUAUUGUUAUCUGGGAAAAGAAAGCAUCCCCUGUGCCAGAAGUGAAUUCACAGUUCCAAAGUAAAAAUAGUGAAGAUUUUCCUCUUAAUAAUGUACAUUCAAAUUCCAGAGUGUUGCAUUGUGGUUUUGAUAACACUGUCGGCAAAGCACCUGCAGAACACCACAAAGAGGAUUCUGUGAGGACUCCAGAGAAGAAGCAGCAGCAAGUAGCUGAGGACAAAAGUAUUGUUCAUCAUGGUUUAGAAAAUCUGGCAGAUGGUGAUCUUGUAAAACUGGUGCUUGAAGAAGAUCUAGCUGCUUCUGAAGAUAAAUCACUGCCUAACGGAUGGAUGGUGGGAAAUAACCUUCUUGAUGGAUGGGGCACACCACAACAGCAGGAACCAGCUUUUUCACUUAGCACUCCAUAUAAAGGAGAGUUUGCUGGAACUAGUCUAACUAUGAGCAAUAAAUCCAUGUUAUGUGAAAAUUCCAGUAUUUGUUUACCUCUAGGUGAGUUGAACCCAGUAAAUAUUACUCCUCCUGUGCCUAUAAAACACGACCCUGAUUCAUCAGACUUCUCACCUUCUCAAUUAAAUGACAGUUCUAAUUUAGCUAACAGAGAACAUGGAUUAAGUUCAGAACUAAUGCUAAACAAGAAGUUGUUAGCAAUGGAAAAUACUAUACAAAAAUCACCUGACUUGAAAGGUGCAAGCAAAACGGUAGUUAAUUCUCAAGUUGGCAGUUCUUCUGGUGCCAGUAAUUCAGUCCAGCCCUCACACAAAGACCAAAGAGGAGGAUUUGUAGGAAGCUGGGUAAAGAAAUUAUUAAUCAAGAAUACUUCUUUCAUGCCUUCAAGUGCCUCAGCUCUCAAGAAUGAGAGAAGUUGCAAAACUCCCUCAGUGCAAAAAAUAAGUAAAGUUCGGCUGCCAGUUAAGGGCGCAAGUAACUUUGGUGGAUUUCAAAGCAGAGAUACAAAGAAAACAACGGAGACCCCAAAGUUACUGGCUCCUCAGAGUAAUAAUACUCAUCCUUUAUCAAAUUUCAAAGGAUUUUCUCAAAACACUUGUCUUCCAACAGCAAAUCAUACCACUGUUGUAGGUCCAACUCGGAAUAAGUCAGAAAGUACAUUGGGUACCUCAGGUAAAGUGACUCAGUUCCCUUCACCUGGCUAUAAUUCUGGUAAGGCAGAAGAGUCAGACAGUGACAAAACAAAAAAACUUCGCCUAAAAUUAUUAAAAAAACUUAAUGCUAAAAAGAAGAAGUUGGCUUCACUGGAUAAAUUAGCAGUGGAACAGAUGAAACGGGAAAAACCUGUGAGUGGAGACGUAAGCGCCCCAUCGCAGACUGAACCUCAAAAUGAGAGUGAAUUAUUGCAGAGCUUUUUAAGGGAGCUUCCGUGUCAGAUUGAUGUCACAGGGAAUGGAUCUGAAUUUAAUGCAAACACUGUGCCAGGGUGCCCUGGCCAUGAUAACACCGAUGAAAUACUGGCAGAAUUACUGUCCCCUUCUUUGACUGCCGCUUCCUUGGAGGCUCCAAAGAGCGAAGACGAGUGUAUGUACAUGGAAAUGGUGCACAGCAGCGUGGCAACCACCACGUCCCAUGAGGACACCAGUGUGCCACAGGCAGCAGUGACAAGUGAGGACCACAAUUACUACAGUCCUGUAAAGGACACUAAUUCGGAGCUUGAGGCAAUAAACAAACACUGUGUGAAAAAACUUUCUUUUGAAAGUCCUAUGAGAGAAGAUAUUCUCGAAGACCUGUUCUCAAUUUCAGCACCAAGCUCCAUGGCAGGUGACAUAGAUUUACCUCAUUUUGAUGAAACUCUGUUUGAAACUUGGUAAAUACCGAGUUUCUUGGGUUUAAGUAUUUUUUCAGUAUUAUGUAUGUUUUGAAACAAAGCACUACUAAAUUAUAUUUUAUAACUAUAAUUGCACACUGGCUGUACUUGAACGAUUUACAUUUGAGGUAUUUUUUCUUAAUAUUUAUUGUAACAAGCAAAUCAGGGUUUGAUGAAUUUUAUUUUUCUAAGAAGCAGUUAUCUUAGCUGUCAGAUAUGAUGGUGAUUUUUAAUUAAAAGCUCCUGUAAGUCUUAAUUUUUGCUGCUUUUAACAUAAAAAACUUAUAUACUCCAGUGAGUUGGAAAAAUAAUGAAGUUCUGUAGUCUUGAUGAUGUAAUGGUGUAAGAAAUACUACUUCUGUAGUAGUGAUUUUUACAGGACCACUCAACUCCUGAAGUUACUUUGUCCAACAUUUAAAAAAGAAAUUUAAAGUACCUUCUGUAAUUAAGGAAUUUUGCAUCCUCUGAUAUGAAGAUCAUUUGUAACAUAAACUUGAGGCUGGCAUUCUGCUAGGCUGGCCUUCAACUCCUUACAGUAUUACAGUUCUAUAAGCUCAUGCUGAUGUAUACACCCCUUGGAUCCAAGAAAAGAUGGAUACAUGGUAAAAAUUUCCCUAUUUAAAGUUACAGCACCUACUGAGCUUUCAUCCUGGGUAACUGUGAAUAUAACUUGGUAGAAUAUCUUCUGAGCCGGGUUAUUUUUUUAAGUAGAAUUAGUAAGAUUUGGUCCAGAGUUUGCAUCACUAAGAUUAUCAGAUGUACCCAUUAGUUUUUCAUAGCUGCAAAAAACAUGUAAUAAAAGAAAGGUUUCUCAGAAUUAAUUUGAGUGUAAGUUAAUGCCUAUUACUGUUGUCACUUGGAGUUUUUCAUGACUCAGGCACUGCACCCCCGACCGUAUGUGAGGUGCCAAGGAGAGGCAAGGUCAGUAGGAAGAAAGUAAUGGAAAAAUGUGGCAAGGCAGCAGUGAGUAAGCAGAGGAUUCACACCUUGGUGUUUCUGGAUUUGUAUAGCUUUCAUGUUGCUGAUCUGGAGUCGUUUUUAAAUGCAUAGACACAAAGCUGAGGGUAUUAGAUAGAUAGAUUAGAUGUACAUUUUUCUUGUUCUUGAAAAUAAGAAGGAUUUUAUCAGCAGAUCUUUAUAUCAGGCAUUUUUAGAGGUGUUCUGCAUUUUUUUCGUUGUUUUAGAACCCAAGUUCAAAACAUUAAAUAUUCAGUCUUACUUUUCCAGCAGGUGCAGUUGAACAUAAUACUAUUACAUGGCAUGGCUACAGAUUCUAAUGUUUUUGGAUUGUUUGAAGUAGGUUUAAAAAGUGUUUGAAAAACUAACAGUGGCCCUGAACUCGCUGUAAUAACUUAUUUCUGCUGCAGUUUGGUACAUUGUUAUCAAACUGGUACUUCAGGCAGUGAAUGUUUUAAUUUUUGAAAUUUAAGUUAUUGUGAAGAACUUAAGCUUCCUUGUUUUAAAUACUGUAAUUGGUAAUGUUACAAUAGAAAACAAAUCAAUUCUGAAUGUUAAGGGCUAGUGUACUGCUUGUGAAAUGUUUACCCAUUUGUGAAUUCCCUAAUUAAAAAAAA